AUGGAGCCAGAUGCAUCCAUUAUCCUGGUAGGAGUUCGGGGCUCAGGGAAACGAACAUUGGGCUUGAUUGCCGCAACUGCUCUGAACUGGAGAUUCAUCACCGAGGACCUCUACUUCGAAAAGUCCACCACAAAAACCAGAGCUGCCUACAUGGAAGCUCAUGGAAGCCAUGCAUUGUACCGGAAGAACGUCGAGGUCAUCAGCAGUAUGCUCUUGACCCAUCGUCAGAGAUGUGUUAUCGAAUGCGGCUGGGGCAGCUUGACGUUGGAAAUUCAUCAACUACUUCAAACUCUCUGCGCAACACACCCUGUCAUUCACAUCACGCGUUCACUGAAGCAGAUUCAAAGUCUCCUGCAACUUGACCAGCAACAGACGUUUCUCUUUCGCCGUGCUGACGAGUACCACCGAGAUUGCUCGAACUAUGAGUUUUACAACAUUCAAGACUCGAGCGACCAAUCCACCACCACCGAUGGGCAAGAGCCGCCUCAGUUCUCAGUCUUUCGAUUGAGAGAGGCAAAAGCUCAGUUCUGUUCGUUUCUCGACUCGAUCAGCAAGGACAGGCUAAGGGCCCUCAGCUCACAGAUCAAUCGACCUCUUUCCACAGUUUCCCUCCUCGAAAGAAAAUUCACCCACGUUGUACCCGUCCUUUUCUCGGACCUUCUCGCGAGGGAUCCGCAGUUCGCCAACAUCGACUUCAUUGAAGAUGCCGUAGAACUGACUAUCGACACGGGUUCGCCCCAUAAAAUGCAAGACAUCAGCGAGAAAGUGGCAGCGAUCCGACGAAGUUUCGGCGUGCCCAUCAUCUACAAUGUGGCUUCUCCAGAGCCAGUGGAUGAACCAACCCAGAAAGGCCCUCACAUCCCGAGUCAAAUCAUCAGACAAGGCCUCCGCCUUGCAGUGGAUUACCUGACAGUCGAUUUAUCUCUCUCGGACACCAAAAUUGAAGACAUCAUGUCUGAAAGGCGAUCUACUCAGAUCAUAGGCCACUGUGAAAUAUCCUUAGAUGGCAAGUCAAUUGAGAGGGCCAUGGAAAUGUACAUACGAGCUGCCAACCUGGGAUGUGAUGUCGCCCGCGUGAUCUACAUUCAGAGCGUUCAUGGGAUGAACACGAAAUUGCUCGACGAGUGCCUGACAACAACCAGAAGCUUGGUCUCUGCUUCGUUCAAGUCUGGGCCAGCACUGAUCACAUACGGUGCGGGAUUCACCGGCUGCCUAAGCGGUCAGCUCUCGAACACGAUACUUACACCGGUGUAUCAUCCCCAGCUUAACGACUGCAUUGCAGAGCCCAGCUGUCGACUGACUACCAAAGAAGCAAUGCAGACCCGCUUCCAGCGACAUAUGCUCGAACCUCUCCGUUUGUAUCUCAUCGGAAGUGUGCCACUCAGGGUCGCCCCAGCAAUGUUCAAGGCAGCUCUGGAUGCGACUGGACUGAAGUUCGAGUACAUUGCUCAAGACAAUAUUGACGCCCAAGGUCUCGAUGAGCUCGCCAAAGACAACCUCUUCGGUGGCGCGAGUGUUACAUAUGGCUUCAAAACAAUCGUUGCGCCAUAUGUGGACCGGAGGAGCGAACAUGCGACGGCAAUCGGCGCAGUCAACACGUUGAUGCCUCUACGGACAAUUCAUCCCACCACUCUGCCUGUACAAGGACUGCUUGUGGACCGCGCCAUGGCUGGUCCGAUCCACAAUUGGUACGGAGACAACACAGACUGGAUUGGUAUGACGGUUUCUAUCCAACGUAACCUGUCUCCCAGGAAUGCCGUCCGGCCUAAUAAAACCUCUGGCCUUGUGAUCGGCGGCGGCGGCAUGGCGCGUGCUGCAAUAUACACCAUGCUCAGGCUUGAAGUGAGCAAGGUUCUUGUCUUCAAUCCAACGGCAGAAAAUCCAGGCCUUCUACCAAAGCAUUUCAACGCGUGGCUGGAAUCGCAAGGCCGAGAUACUCAAAAGGUCUUGCCUCUAAAUCAUGCGCAAGACCAGUGGCCACCUGAUACGGAGCAUCCUACAAUCAUCGUUUCCUGUCCCGGAUCCAGAGCAGCGACCACACUUGAUGCCUCGAAUCAGGGCGUGCCUGUGCAAUGGCUGCAAAGCGAGACAGGUGGGGUGGUACUCGAGAUGACCUACAACCCUCUCAUGACACCACUCCUGCGACAGGUACAAGACCUGUGCACCAGACUUGGACGACCUUGGAUCACUGUCAACGGGCUGGAGAUGUUGACCGAGCAAGGCAGUGUACAGUUCGAACUGCUCACGGGCCGGCGGGCUCCGCGACAGACCAUGCGGACUGAGGCACUUCGAGCCUAUCACUACGAAGAGCUCCUCAAUCAUGUCUAG